UAUAUAUUGCGCAUUGGAAUGCGCGCGCGCACACUCGCUUCCUUCGCGUCGUACGAUCCGUCCUCAUUACAAUUUUGACUGGUGCGAGAGUUGACUAGCGAGGUAGCUUGAAAUUACAAUGAGUUCAAGCGAGUUCAGAUUAGAGCGCAGCGUGGAGCUCUCGCCAGACACCAAAGAGUUGGCGGAAAAGGAGUUGAGAGAGACCCCGGAAAGAGUACGCGAAGCCUUGGAAAGGCUAAAGGAACUUCUUAAGGAAAACAAAGAUUUGUAUUUUCCAGACGACGAUGAGAUACUCACGAUUUUCCUGAGACCAUGCAAAUGGUAUCCGGAGAGCGCUCUUGCAUUGAUGAGACGCGUGGCAGAAUUUAAACGCGAUAAUGCACACUUGUUAGAUGGACUACUUCCUGAACACGAGAAGGACGCCUUUCUAGACCAUAAAGUGGUGAAUGUGAUGAAAGGUCGCGACAAUAAGGGCAGAAGAGUUUUAAUCGUUAGUGUUGGAGGUUCAUGGGACCCGAAGAAAGUAAACGCAGAUCAGCUGUUCAGACUGUUCUAUUUGAUCCACUUGGCCGCCAUACUGGAGCCCGAGUCGCAGGUCAAAGGCACCGUUGUCAUCAUGGACUUCUACAACAUGGGAUGGACACAGACAAUGGGUCUAACGCCUGCGUUUUCCAAGAGGCUAUUAACGUUCAUCCAAGACGCCAUGCCUCUUCGCUUGAAGGAGGUGCAUUUCGUGAAGCAGCCCAUGAUCUUCAAUGUCGUAUGGAAUAUGUUCAAGCCUUUCAUCAGAGAGAAGCUUAAGAAUAGGAUUUUCUUCCACGGUUCCAAAAUGUCUUCUCUCCAUAAGUACAUGGCGCCCAGUCACCUACCCUCGGAUUAUGGUGGUGAACUUCCUGCUAUCGACUACUCCGGAGCCGACUGGUACCCGGUCAUCAACGAAAUUCUGCCUCAUGUGCAGAAUUGGAACAAGUACGGUUUCGUUAAAGACUCUUAGAUAUUAUAUAAUUAAAUUAUCGAAACAAACUAAUGAAGUAGAAAUUGUCACAUUAUAAAUAUAAUUAAUAUAAUUUAAUGGGAUAUUUUUCAAUUAAUAAUGUUUAGUGUUUUUAAUGUAAUAGCUGUUCAAGUAAUAAUGUUUAAUUUUUUAUUUAAUGGGAUAUUUUUCAAAAGACAAAAUAUCGUAUAAUCUCAUACCAACAUUAUUUUGAUUUUACAUCUAUUCUAUUUCUCUCAGUGAUAAGUUAUUGAUUUUAUACUCAUCGUGUUCUCCAUUUAUUAAUUAUAUUCUUCAUUUUGAAAUGUAAACAUCUUCAAGAUAUCGCUUUGAUCGUAUAUUUCGAUUCGACGGUGACAAUCACAUGACAAUCUUAAAUUUCUUUUUUUUUUCAUUUUCUGUUGAGAUAUUACUACCAUUCUUGUUUAGCUAAUAUUCUCCAUAAUUGUUUUUCUUUUAUACCGAUAGUUUCUUAUUUAUUUUCCGUUGUGUAUCUUUCUUCCAUUCAUUGUGUCAUUUCGUUUGUUCUCAUCCAUAAAUUUUUAUCGCCUACUAUAAAUUUCAAUCAAUCAAUAUUUGUUGGAUUUCCAAUCACGUUUUCUACCUAAUAUUUAUUCGGUAUGUCAUUGUGUUAGAUAGCAGUAUUUUUAUAAAUAGCCAUUCCGCAUUUGUCACAUAAUAUGUAUGUUAAUUUUUAGUUUCUAAUUAAAUGCUCAGUGUAUGAGCAGCAUUACAUAAGGUGUUUAGAUAUCGUGAAUUUUAAAAAUUAUUUUGACAUGUGACCUUUGGAUACUGGGUUAUGACGUAAUUUUAAUUUUUAUAGAUUUCGGGGGUAUGUAUUUACGACAAUUGCAUUAUUCAUUGAAUUUGUUUUACAUAAUUGAAUUUGCCAAAUUAGUAGUAAACGUAGAAGAAGCACUGCUAGAUUGUAAUUGUGAUUUAUAAAUUGAGAUUAAUCUGCAAUGACUUUAAUUUACAAUCUAUUGUAAAUUAAAGUUUUCAAGACGCAUUACGUUAAUGUGAAUGACACGAGUUAUUUAUAAAGUGAUACGCACUAUGCAGUAUGUAUCUCCUGCCUGUUUUUGCCGCGAGCUAUGCGUUCCGGUUCGAAGGGUGGAUUAGUCGUUUAUUAAUUACAAAUUACCAAUUUUAUUUCAUGUCUCACGCCUUUGGGUGGCGCCAUUUUAAGAGUUCGGACUGUAAUAACAAAGGCGUAGUUGUACG